AUGGAGGAGCCUGCAACUGAGCCCCUCAACACAACUCGUAUCAAUGCUGCUGAAAUAGAGAGCCGGGUUCGAGAACUAAGCAAAUUAGCCGAGACCACAGAUAAAGUCAAACAAGGCUUUUGGGAAGAAUUUGAGACACUACAGCAACAGGAGUGCAAACUUCUCUAUAGCCGAAAAGAGGGCCAGAGGCAAGAAAAUAAAAACAAAAACAGAUAUAAAAACAUCCUGCCCUUCGAUCAUACCAGGGUUGUUCUACAUGACGGUGACCCCAACGAGCCUGUGUCCGACUACAUCAAUGCCAAUAUUAUCAUGCCUGAAUUUGAAACCAAGUGCAACAAUUCAAAGCCCAAAAAGAGUUAUAUUGCCACACAAGGCUGUCUGCAAAAUACGGUGAAUGACUUUUGGCGCAUGGUGUUUCAAGAGAACUCCCGAGUGAUUGUCAUGACAACGAAAGAAGUGGAGAGAGGAAAGAGUAAAUGUGUCAAAUACUGGCCUGAUGAGUUUGCUCUGAAAGAAUAUGGGGUCAUGCGUGUUAGGAACGUCAAAGAAAGCGCCGCUCAUGACUAUACGUUAAGAGAACUUAAACUGUCAAAGGUUGGACAAGGGAAUACGGAGAGAACGGUCUGGCAAUACCACUUUCGGACCUGGCCUGACCACGGCGUGCCCAGUGACCCCGGGGGUGUGCUGGACUUCCUGGAGGAGGUGCACCAUAAGCAGGAGAGCAUCAUGGAUGCGGGGCCCGUGGUGGUGCACUGCAGCGCUGGAAUUGGCCGGACAGGGACGUUCAUUGUGAUCGAUAUCCUUAUUGACAUCAUCAGAGAGAAAGGUGUCGACUGUGACAUUGAUGUUCCCAAAACGAUUCAGAUGGUGCGAUCUCAGAGGUCAGGGAUGGUCCAGACAGAAGCACAGUACCGAUUCAUCUAUAUGGCCGUCCAGCAUUAUAUCGAAACACUACAACGCAGGAUUGAAGAAGAACAGAAAAGCAAGAGGAAAGGUCACGAGUAUACAAAUAUUAAAUAUUCCCUCACGGACCAGGCAGCUGGAGAUCAGAGCCCCCUCCCGCCUUGCACCCCAACACCAUCCUGUGCGGAGAUGAGAGAAGAUAAUGCUCGAGUCUAUGAGAACGUGGGUCUGAUGCAGCAGCAGAAGAGCUUCAGAUGAGCAAACCCGCUGAAACUUCAGCACAGACAUAGAGGUGGGCUUCACCCUCUCCAUGAAAAGAUCAAGAACAGAUGCAAGAAAGUUUAUGUGAAGAAUGAACUUGAACCUCGAAGGCUUGCGUUGUGGUCGACUCCCUUUUGAUGAGCAGAAUCUGAAACCAUUUAAAGACCACUCCGUUCUAACUCAACACCACCCGAUUUCCAAUUGCUCAUUUCCUCAGAUAAGCAAUCAUCUCUACAGUGUAGACAGUGUUAUAUUUUAUAGAGUUUUAUUUUAAAUUGAGGAAGCAGUUAAAUUGUGCUCUGUACUUUGCAGAUGGUGGUGAUUCGAAUCCUAGUUAUUGGCAUUUUUCUUUCUUUUUAUAACCCUAACAAAUUUAAUUUUCCCCCCUCUUUGGGGGGGGUAAUGGGGCACUUGUUAGAGGAAAAAGUGGGGAAAUUAAAUGACAACAUCCUGUAGAAAUGAGAACAAUUUUAUUUAUCAUCAUUUGUCCAGUAGUGGGUAAUUCAUUUUGAUGGCCUCUUUUUUGGGGGGCUAAAUGAUAAUUAGGCCAGUGCCCCAGACUUUCAGAACUUGACUCUCUUCCUUUGUAUUGCCAUUAAAAAAUCAUGGGGAAAAUCCUGGGAAUUUAG